AUGAACAUAUUUCUUGCCUUUAAGAGAAAGAAUGAGGAGAAGGAGAAUAAAAAGGAAGAAAAUGAAAGAAAAAGAGUAGAAGAUGAAAGGAUAAAAAAUGAAAAUGAAAGAAAAAAGGAAGAAAAUGUUCAUAAUAAAACGGGAGAAUCUAUUGAAGAUUUUGUCGAUUUAGACAAUUUUGCGGAAAAUGUCUUAAACAUUUAUCUCGCAAACAAAAACCAUGAGGAGGACGAAGAAAAGAGGAAGGAGAGCAGCAAGAAAGUUAUCAAAACGACGGAUAAACCAUUAGAAAAUGAAAUAGAUCAAAAACAGAACAGAAACAAGGGCGUAUUGAAACAUAAACCGGGUAACAAGAGGAUGAAGCCUGAAUCAUGGUUAGACGAUUUGCCAGAACAGCAUUCACAAAAACAGCAACAAACUCAUCAACCACAACACAAACAAACAAAUAUACAACAGCAACAACAGUUUCAACUACAACAACAACUUCUACAAGACAGAGUGGAGGGUAAAGAAGAAAAUUUUUCGUGGUUCGACGAUUUCCCGGAAACGUUGACGAAUUAUGAUAUUCAGUCACCAAAAGAAAAACAACAAACUCAACAGCCACAAAACGAACAACGUAACAAACUACAACAAAAACAACAACAACUUCAACAAAACAGAGAGAAAGACAAAAAAGAAGAUUUUUCGUGGAUAAAAGAUUUGCCGGAAGAAUUAAAUUAUUGUCUCCAGCCAAGAGAACAACUACAACACGAACAACACCAUAAAGAAGAACAGCAACAACAGUUUCAACAACAACUACAAGAAGAAAAUUUUUCGUGGUUCGACGAUUUACCGGAAGCGUUGACGAUUUAUGAUAUCCAUUUGACAAAUUAUGAUAUCCAGUCAGCAAAACCACAACAAACUCAACAGCCACAACCCGAACAACAUAACGAACAUGCGCAACAACAACUUCAACAAGAUAAAAAAGAUGAUUCUUGGUUAGACGAUAUGCUGGAUGAGUUGAUGAAAUAUGAUAUCCAGCCAGAACAACAACAACAACAAAUUCAACAACCACAACAAAAACAAUAUCAAGAACAAGCUCAAAAACAAGAGCAACAACUUCAACAAGAGCAACUUCAACAAGGCAGAGUGAAGGAUAAAGAAGAAAAUUUGCUAAAAACUUUGACGAACUGUGAUAACCAGCCAGGACAAAAUUCGCAACAACAACAAACUCGACAACAACACAAACCAGCACAUAUACAGAAGCAUAAUAAAAAUCAACAGCCACAACAACAGCAGAAAAUGGAGGCAGAAAAAGAACAACCACGGCUUCAGCAAACACUUAUCCGCUAUCAAACACAACAAACCAAGCUAAAAAUUGAGAAACCAUGCACUGCAAGUAAUUUGCUGGAUGAUAUAAUGGAAGUAAUAACUGAUGAUUCAAAGCAAGAAUCAAGAUUACAACAGCUACAACGACCUCAACAGCAUCAACAACAACAGACACAGCCUAAGCAUCCUCAACUAAAACAACUCCAAGAACAAACACAAACUACUUACGUCCCAUCACAACAAACUUUACAAUACGCAAUAACAUCCAAACCUAAGCAACACUCUCCACUGAUAACACUCAAUCUUCAACCACAACAACAACCAAUACAAAACAUGGAUACAUCACAACAAAAAACUCCAAGCACAAAAAAUAUUCAAACUUUGAAGAGAAAACAACCUAUACCAACACAAAGUCUCAAUGCCAAGCAACAGUUAUUAAACAUGCCAAACAUUCUUCAGCCAUCCAAGCAGCUUCAACAACCAACCCAGAACAUGUAUCAACAACAAUCACAGCCUCAAACCACAAACAAUUUCAUAACCCAGCAACAACAGCAACCAGCACGACAGCAGCUUCAACAACAACUUCAACAACAACAACAGCUUCAACAACAACAACAGCUUCAACAACAACAACAGCUUCAACAACAACAGCUUCAACAACAGCAACAACAGCCAACAAAACCGAUAUUAUAUUUGCGACUCAAAAAUACUCCAAAUUCACAGCAAAACCUACAGCCACAACAACUCCAAUUUACACAACAGCUUCAACAAACCCAGCUUCAACAACAGCAGCUUCAACCACAGCAGCUUCAACCACAGCAGCUUCAACCACAACAGCUUUACCAACUUCCGCAGCAGCAAUUCCAGCAAAAGCAGCUUCAACAACAGCAACUUUUGCAACAGCAGCUUCAACAACAGCAACUUUUGCAACAGCAGCUUCAACAACAACAGCUGCUUCAACAACAAAAGAUUCAACAACAACAGCUUCAACAACAACAGCUUCAGCAACAGCAACUUCCGCAACGGCAACUUCCGCAACAACAGCCAACAAGACCGAUCUUAUAUCUGCAACCCAACAAUGUUCCAAUUUCACAGCAAAACAUACAGCCACAACUCCAUCAGCAGCUUCAACAUCAGCCGCUUCAACAACAGCUUCAGCAACAGCAUUUUCCGCAACAUCAUCUUCCGCAACAGCAUCUUCCGCAACAACAAUUUCAACAACAGCAAUUUCAGCAACUACAACAACAGCAAUUUCAAACCACAUCAACAAUCCAAUCACAAACACAACGUUUGCCGAAACACACCAACUAUGGCUAUGACGUCAACAGCACAAACAACAUCUACAACUAUUAUAUUUCAACUAAUGAGGCAAAUUCGCCGGCAUUCAAUAUUGAAUAUUUUUAUUAA